AUGCAGGGAGCAGGAGUCCAGAUUGGCUCAUCCUCUUGUCUUGUCAUCAAGGCGGCAUGUGAUUACGCUGAUAGCCAUAAGAAGAAGGACUUCCAAGAGUAUGCUGCGGGUGUUGCUGCGUCGGCCGCCAAGGCAGUGCUGCAGUGGUAUAGUCCUGAGACUGAAGAUGAUGAAACGAACUGGUUCCGCGUAGAGAAUGUGAUUUUCAGAUCGUUCCCCCCUACUGAGACAUGGAGUGACGAUCGUGGGCUUCUUCAGACGAUGGCUGAACACUGUUUCAACAAGCGUCAAAGGCUGCCAAAGCCUGGUACAGUGCUACUCAUUCAAGGUUCUCAUGGGUUGGGGAAGACUGAGUUAUGUCGAGUGUUUGCUAAGCGUUUUCGGUCAAGAUACCGGGCCGUAUGGAUGAUCAAUGCGGGAACCGCGUUCGAUUUAGAGCUAGGGCUUCGCACCAUCGCCUCGGAAGAUUUGAAAAUCGCACUAAACACCCAAGGGUCCACGCAGUCCGAGACUGAUGAUCUCACAGGGUUGAUUGGGGUAGUGAAAGCCCAACUAGAGAACGAAGAGAAGACGUGGCUCCUAGGACGGUUAUAA